AUGGGCGGCGUGCUCAGCCAAUGGGGCCAGGGCGGGAGAUUUGAAAGGACCUCUGCGUGGGGGCGGCCGGGCAGGUUCAGUUGUUUCCCAGCGGCCAGGGAGGUGGCUGUGCCGCCGGCUCCAGUUCCCUCCCCCUUCCCUUCUAAGGAUGGCCCAGAAGGAGAACGCCUACCCCUGGCCCUACGGCAGGCAGACGCUGUCCCUCUCCAGAAGGUGGUGGAGAACAACAGUGGGACCCCCAACUUCUCAAUAAGGCGUUCCUUCACAAUCGACGACUUUGAGAUUGGGCGUCCUCUGGGCAAAGGCAAGUUUGGAAAUGUGUACUUGGCUCGGGAGAAGAAAAGCCGUUUCAUCGUGGCGCUCAAAGUCCUCUUCAAGUCUCAGAUAGAGAAGGAGGGUGUGGAGCACCAGCUGCGCAGGGAGAUCGAGAUCCAGGCCCAUCUGCAGCAUCCCAACAUCUUGCGUCUGUACAACUAUUUCUAUGACCGGCGAAGGAUCUACUUGAUUCUGGAGUAUGCCCCCCGGGGGGAGCUCUACAAGGAGCUGCAGAAGAGCCGCACUUUUGACGAGCAGCGAACAGCCACGAUUAUGGAGGAGCUGGCAGAUGCUCUGAUAUACUGCCACGGGAAGAAGGUGAUUCACAGAGACAUAAAGCCAGAGAAUCUGCUCUUGGGGCUCCAGGGAGAGCUGAAGAUUGCCGACUUCGGCUGGUCUGUGCACGCCCCCUCCCUGAGGAGGAAGACAAUGUGUGGCACCCUGGACUACCUGCCCCCAGAGAUGAUUGAGGGGCGCACGCACAACGAGAAGGUGGACCUGUGGUGCAUCGGCGUGCUCUGCUACGAGCUGCUUGUGGGAAACCCCCCCUUCGAGAGUGCUUCCCACAACGAGACGUAUCGGCGCAUCGUCAAGGUGGACCUGAAGUUCCCCCCUUCCAUGCCUGCGGGAGCCCAGGACCUUAUCUCCAAGCUGCUCAAGCAUAACCCCUCAGAACGCCUGCCGCUGGCUCAGGUCUCAGCCCACCCUUGGGUCCGGGCCCACUCCCGGAGGGUGCUGCCCCCCUCUGCCCUUCAGUCUGUCCCCUGAACUGUCCCUGUCAUUUUCUCAGUUGUGUCUGUAUGUCUGUAUGUGUGUAGUUAGGAGAAGGGGUCCCUGGCCUGUUCCCGCAUCUGUCUUCUACCUCCUCUUUAUUUAAUAAAGGCCGAAGUUUUUGUACUGAUGAGUGUAGAUGUUUAUGGGUGGAAAUUGCU